CCACCGUGCUGCCUUUACAAGUGGAUACCUUCGUCGACUGCGUUCUUUUGCCCGCGAUUGAAUUGGCAUCUCCUUUUGAGUGUCAAAACUUUGGCCUCAAUUACCAAGCCGAGUCAGAGCGCCUUAGAGAUGCAAAUGGCCGAAUUGUAGCCAAGCCGGCCAUGCUCGAGAGCAUGAGUGCACCUGCUCUCAUUGAGGGUAUGCGUGCACUUGUUGCUGAAAGCCAGGAUCUGGAAGCACUUUUUGGAGACUUCUUUUUUGAUACCUGGUGCAUGGGCAUCAAAGCGCCAUUCAGGGACUCUCUUACUGAUUCAACUGGAAUUUGGUCGAUCCAAAUACCUCGUACAUUGAUGUGGGUGCAGAAGUCUUGCCGGUUUCUGACGAAUUUUUGGUCGGUGUACCGACAAACAGCUCCCAUGAAGAGCUUAUUAACCAGCUGUUCGGUCCCUUGGGUUCGUCUGCUUAUCAGUACAGACACGAUCAGUUUUCGCAUUUGGCGAGGCGUGGGUGGGUUUGCGCUGUACCUGAAAAGUGGUAUACCAACCAAUGACUUCUGGGCCGUUUACGCACAGGCGUACAGCAAAGUAAAAGUCCCAUUCUACAAGUUUGCUGCAAGCAAGGAUCGAAGUGGUAUUGCCGUAUCCCCUUCCCAAAUUUUCUCGAAUUCCUUCCCAGGUUUAAAACCUUUGUAAACGCAACAAUGGUAGCUCUGCCCAAUAAAUGUGUACGAUCAGAAGUGUGUGUCGAUCUUUUUGCAAUUAUUGACACCCAUGAUAUCGUAUUAUUUAUUAUGCGACACUAUCAGGCGAGGCUAACAUCUACUGGCUCAGAU